GAUGCUGCGACUUGCAGACGAAUGUCUUUCCGGUGGCACCGAAAUCGUUGGAUCCAGUUUCCGGUGUUUUUUUUUCUUGGUGCUUGGUGUUUGGUGCUUCGGACUAAAUUUUUGAGGAAGUGUGCCAACGAUAGGGGAGAUGUGGCGGUGUGGCAAUAGUAAAUAAACGAUACCGCUUAUCAACCGACAGACCGAAGACCAACAAGUGGAUUACUCAGUGCUCGCGCUAGUAGACACAUUAAAGAGGAUAGACACAUUGGAGCAUCCCUAGCUGCGUCGUGUUGCUUUUUUUUCGAUGUGUGAAUGUCUGUUUGUGAUAUCUUCUGCGAACAUCUGCUUUUAUCGACGCCUGCUUUGGGUCGGCUGUGCGUUUGCGGUGCGUUCACGUUUUUGCGGUAACAAUAGAGACGAACUGUUGCCAGUUGUUUAGAAAUGUGCUGUGGUUACGGCUCUAUUUUCGUUCGCGUUUCAUCGGUGUUGAGUGCGUUUGUUGUUGUUCGUGCUACCGGUCCGUGUACGUUCUCGCGUAUUCGACACACAAUGACGAUGAAGGCGAAGACGUGCCAUUAGUAGGGAGUGUUCGAUUACAUGUGCACAACCUUAAUGUUUUCGCACUAGUGCUUUCGCCGGAAUUUCCACCACGUUGCGAGUGGGCGGAAUUAUGACUUUACAGAUAACGACUAUCUUUUCCAGCAUCCGAGUGAUUCUGUUAGCAUUAACCGACGAAGAACUGAAACUGAAUGUGGGUUAGGUGUGUGUGAUACCGAUAACUAAACGACUUGAAGCGGAAAACCAAUUUCCGACCAAGGCAGUUAUUGAGUUUUGAAGCUCGGGAAAAUGUAAUAUUUUCCGCUAGUUCGGCGGAAGUCAGAUUAGAUUUCAUCGUUUGAUUUGCAAAAAGCAAAAAAAAAACCUAAAGGAUAAAAACACAAGUUACUAUAGUGAAAAACCCACAGCAAUUUUCCGCAAGUGGCAAAGGAAAAACCCGUUGGCACCUGAGGGAGGAAUAAGUCAGAGUUUAUGAGCCAACUCAAUUCAACUCAGAUCUCUCUAGAGUGAGUCGAGUCAAGUGAUGUUACACAACUUCAAAGGCGAUUGGUGUUUCAAUCAUCAUCUCAGCCAUUUCUCAGUCGCCUUUAGGUAUAGAUAAGUGCCGAGGGAGGAAAAAUAAAGUUGUGUGGGCGUACAAUCGCCCAAAAUUCGAGUGGUGAUGGAAUGAUUAGAUAAUCUGAAUGUUAUGUACUUAUGCUGUUCGAUGCUACACAUUUAAUAAGUGAAUUAUACUACGUCGUCGGAAUCUACUAAUGGAUAAUCGAAGCAGAGGAAAACGACCCGAUGCUUAAAGCCUUCAACGUCCAAUCCAACAAACAAUUCCCAGACGGUUCACGAGAAGAUCCCUCUGGCGGUCACCCGGCAAACUUUACCAGCACCGAAUAAUUUGCCAUUCCAAAUCAAUUUUCCCGCAAUCGACGUCGACCGGCGUCUCGGCGGCUGAUCCAAAAACAAACACCCAGUGGACACAUUUAGGAACAUUGGAAUUGCAGAACGAGUACCUUUUCUGAGCUCGCUGAUAGCUCCAAACUUUAGAUCAAAGCAACCCACCCACAAAUGGUUCCGAUUAUCUGCCCGAGUGGAAACCUUUGCGAAAAUCGUUCAACCGCCCGGGGAUACGUCGUCGUCGUGAAAAAGUGACGCGGCAUCGUUCGCCGGAAUUGUAGGAAAGAAAAUGUUCCGCUCACCGCCACUCGUUGCCCAAAUCCGCCAACGUCAUCAGAAGCAGCAGUUCCACCAGCGCCAGGUUCCGGAAUGAUGAGCAGCGACAUCAGCGGCAUCCGGAAUGUCGUCGUGGUUUCCAAUAGCAACGCAAGCUCGAGCAGCACGAGCGUCGCCGCCUACCCAACUAGCCUUAUCAUUGCCGCCAUUUUGGCCAACACGAGCGUCGUCGUCGGCCUGGGGCCAAUCAUGGGUCCAAUCUCGGGCCCCUCUCCGGGAACAACGGCACCGGGAGGAUCCGGAGAGGGGUUUCUGCUGCCGGGGGACAUUGGCAUCAUUGGCAGCACAAGCAGUAGCACUAGUAGCGCCAAUCAGGGACCCCCGGACGCUGGGCCAAGGCCACCGGGGGAAGGCAAUGGGGGGACGCGAACCGAGGACCAUGGACCGGACACCCUGAUGGAACCCUGGGCCUACGUUGCCUCGGCCGUGACGCUGUUCUUCAUAGGAUUCUUCGGCUUUUUUCUGAAUCUGUUCGUGAUUGCUCUCAUGUGCAAGGACGUUCAGCUCUGGACCCCGAUGAAUAUCAUCCUGUUCAAUUUGGUUUGUUCGGAUUUCUCGGUCUCGAUCAUCGGCAAUCCGUUCACGCUGACGUCGGCCAUCUCGCAUCGGUGGAUUUUCGGGGCCCAGAUAUGCGUCGCUUACGGUUUUUUCAUGUCCCUGCUGGGCAUCACGUCAAUUACCACGCUCACCGUGCUGUCCUAUGAGCGGUUCUGCCUCAUCAGCUAUCCGUUCUCGUCCCGGAAUCUGUCCCGGAGGGGUGCCUUGCUGGCCGUGCUCUUCAUCUGGAGCUACUCGUUUGCCUUAACGUCGCCGCCCCUCUUCGGCUGGGGGGCCUACGUGCACGAAGCAGCCAAUAUCAGCUGUUCAGUCAAUUGGGAAUCACAAACAUGGAACGCCACAACGUACAUCAUAUUCUUGUUCCUUUUCGGACUGGUUGUCCCACUGGUGGUGAUAGUUUACAGCUACACAAACAUCUUGAUCAGCAUGAAACAGGUAAGAGAACUCUACUCUUUCAACUAG